AUGUCCGACGGACCUCCUCCCACUCCCUCCAAGAGACAGCGCGCGAAGGCGCUCGAGGACCUGGGCAUCCCACAAGACGCCCAGUUCGAGAGUUCUCUGCCUUGUAUUCGAUGCUUUGGCUCGGCGCUCACCGUAGCGUCGACACUCAUCGCAACCAAUCCAGAGACUCCUAUCGAUGUGCCUACCUUCGGUUGCAAGUUUCCCUUCAUCAACUCCAAGAAGUGCACAAACUGUGACAAAAACAUUUGCAUCCGCGUACCUGCCAUGAUGAAUGGCAACUACAUGGAUAUUUUCUCCAUUUUCAAGGCCAUCGACAAGAUGCUCAAGGACGGGACCGCUCGCUUCCAAGACGCCCACAAACUUGGUAUCGCCAAAACAACCGUGCCAGACUCGAAGGAAUCGAAUUUCCACCAAGUUCAACUCGACUACCCUGCCCAAACUCGGUCAACGCUCUGA